AUGUCUGCGAACAAGAUGAUGCAAUACACCACGAAAAGCGGCAAAGUGCGAGUUCGCACGAUGCCGAACGAUAAUGAAAAGAGUGCGUUAUACACUGUUCUCAAAAAUGCCGUCAACGUGUACACCCCCAUUGUCAAAGGAUUGCUCCAGCCCCAACUCGUCGCUGAACGCCCAGCUGGCGAUCUGGAGAGAGUUUUGGCCUUCCGAAAACAGCAAAAGACCAGAUUCAACGAUGAAAGUGAUAAGACCCGAGGAGUCAUGGUCAAGGAAGAUAUUGGAAAGGGCGAGUGGAUACUGGAGAUUACGGGUGAAAUCUAUCUGGAGUCCCAAGUCAAGGAUAGAUCGCUAAUGGAGGGAGAAAAUUCCCAUUAUCUCUACAAAGACAUCAGAUUGGGAGCAGGAAACGAACCGAUCUGCAUGGCGGUGUGGAAACAGGAGACCGUCGGAAGAUACAUCCGACGGUCCUGCCAGCCGACUUGCCGGCUCGUCCAUCUCUAUGGAACCGAACUUCAUUUGAUGGUGGAAGCUCUGCAACCAAUGAAGAGUGGCGAAGAAGUAACAUUGCCUCUUGAGGCGGACUGCCAGGACUUCAAAGACCAAUUGAAAUGCCUUUACCAUCAAGCGAAUCCGGAAGACUGCCCAUUGGAAAAGGAGCGAUUAUUGAGAAAGGCGCAGAAAGAGAAUUCGACUGCUUACUCAACUGUCGUCACUCUCACGGAUUCCGAUGAGGAAAUCGAAAUCAUUGUCCCACGAAAGCCAGAAUCGAUAAAAUCUCCAGGAUCGUCGUCAUCCGAUGCCUCAGCUCGCCCCUCUCCAGAAGCGCCGAAAGCUCCAGCGGUUCUACGGGACUCUGAAAUCCAGGGAUCUUUGAAUCGUGAAAAUGGGAACCGUCGUGAAAAUGAGGAAAACCUUCCCGUCACUCCUCAAGUACCAACGACUACUCCAAAUCCUGUCGCUCAGAACGUAAUUUUCAUCGAGGAUCCUCUCCGCCGGGACACUUCCACAUCUGGAGAUGCUCCAGCCGUGAAUGAUCCACGAGAACCCAGAUCGUUGAGAGCCGUGUCACCACCAAAUGAUGCCGCUUCCUCAUCAUCAACAAGUUUAGAAAAUGCGGAACCAGAAACGGCACCAGAAACGAUGGAUGCUCCAGAACCGAUGGAUACUCCAGAAGCAGCAGCUUAUGAACCAGAGGAGGCUCUAGCUCCAGUAGACGUAGCUACACCUGCUCCGCCAACAAGAAGACGUCUUCGAUCUGCUGGAAAUGGACGAGCAGCAGCUCUCGAUCUCACGGAGCCAGUCCAGGUUGUUGUUCCAGUGAUUGUUGCACCUGCUUCACGGACCAGAAUGCACUGUCAAGUCGCCAAGAAGACAACAGGAGCCACAGUAGCUAGAGACCAGAACGCACGAUCUGGAAACUCUAUCACGUCGCCAAUAACCGAUCGUCACACCUGUCACACCCGUCCGACUGCCAGAAGUGCACCUGCUCCUCCAACUAUCCGCAAUGCUCCUGUUGCCCCACCAGCCGGAAGGAGGAAUAGAAAAGCCCAACGUCAGGAACAAGCAGCGUAUGCACGUAGUUGCAAACGAGAGAAUAAUGAAGCUCUAGCUGCCACCAAUGUGGAUUCAGCUCCUGCGCCUCCCGGAGCUCCUACUGCUUCAGUAGUCGUCAAUCUUCCGACUACUCGACGAAGACGUGCGAGUCAGGCGUGUUCCCUUGUGGCUACAGUUUCGACGCGUCGUCCUGCUCCGAGCUCGUUUCCCGCACCUCCUCCAACUUCCCGUCCAGCUGCUCCUCGACGAUCGGCUCCAGGACCAUCUGUACCUCCUGCAGCCUGUGCUCCACCAAGAGCCCGACAAAUUUCUAUGGGCGAUCAGGAUGCGAUUGCACUCAUCGGACAAUCAAUGCAUCCCACUCGAGCAGCUGUCAAGCAGCUAAAGGACAAAACGACAAAUGGAGUUUCUGGAGCACCGGCCGUCAAAAAGCCAAGAAAGACUGCAAGACUACAACAAGUAAAAAGAGGCAGAGGUGGCAAGAAAUAA